GAACAAGAGUUUAACGUCGAAGUGAAGGUUAUACAAGCUGAUUUUAGUAAAGGGCAGAUCGUGUUUGAUCAUAUCAGCAAAGAAUUAGAUGACAUUGAAAUCGGAAUACUAAUAAACAACGUCGGUAUGCAAUACUUGUAUCCAAUGUACAUGACCGAAGUACCAGAAUCCACCGUAUGGGACUUGGUGAACGUUAACGUUGGUGCUACGACACACAUGACAAAACUCGUUUUGCCAGGCAUGCAAAAGCGGAAACGAGGUGCCAUCGUGAACGUGUCGUCCAGUGCAGAAUUACAGCCGAUGCCCCUGUUGGCYGUUUACGCAGCAACCAAGUCAUACAUAAAAAGCUUUACAGAAGCACUUCGCAUCGAGUAYGAAGAAGACAAUAUAACAGUACAACAUCUUUUCCCGUUAUUUGUCAACACAAAAAUGAAUGCUUUCAGCUACAGAUUACAAGAGACGACUCUAUUCGUACCCGAUGCAAAGACCAUUUCUUUAUGA